UCAAUCAAAUUAAACUCAACGUGGUCUGAGGUGACUGGCAGUCUCAGUUUGGGAGAAAAUCUGAAUUGAAUUAUCUUUUCUUUAUCGUGUUUUCGAAUGGCAAACGCAUCAAACGAAAAUGUGUGUCUGAUUAAAGACAUUAAACCUGGAUUAAAAAAUCUAAAUUUGGUUUUUAUCGUCCUGGAAACUGGACGAGUGUCUAAGACAAAGGAUGGUCAUGAAGUGCGUUCAUGUAAAGUAGCUGACAGGACCGGAAGCAUUACAAUAUCGGUGUGGGACGAGGUGGGCAGCCUGAUACAAACAGGAGACAUCAUCCGACUCAAUCGAGGAUAUGCAUCUCUCUUCAAAGGCUGUCUUACACUGUAUAUUGGAAGAACAGGGGACCUUCAGAAGAUCGGAGAGUUCUGUAUGAUUUUCUCUGAAGUGCCCAAUUUCAGUGAGCCCAACCCAGAGGUGCUGGCAAAAAUCAACCAAAUCAACAACACCCAUGUUAAAACAGAAGCUCAUGGCAGCACUCCUAGUAUACCGACUCAUGGGCCACCUGCAGGACCUACAGCAAACGGCUCAGCUGUGUAUUCCCCUUCUCCUGUCCCCCAAGAGCCCUCCUUUCGUGCAGGUGGACGUCAUUUGAACCGCAGUCAUUGGAACAGUGGCAGUGCUUCUCCAGUUCCAGGUGGAGAACAGGGAUCAAAACCAUCCAUCACCAAUGGACGGGAUCCUCGCCGAGCCCUGAAGAGAUGAGAGCAUAUUUAUAACUCUACUUUUGUUUGUCAACCCUAAUUGGUGGGUUAUUUUGAUUAAUGAAUUAUAUUAACCUUUUCUGGAUUGAGAUUUUUUGGGAAAUAAAGUAUAAAUAAAGUCACUUAAAAACAU